UCUAGUAUAGAAGAAGAUAAUUAACAGGUGGCAAAACUAAGCUAAGUUAAACAAUGGCUUCUUUGCUUGUUUCAUGGAGGCUCAUCUUCUUGUUCUUGGCGGUGGCAGCCAUGGGCAAGGCCGUCGCAGCCGGAUACAGUACGCCGGUGUUUCGUCCGACUCCUUGGAAACUUGCUUAUGCCACAUUCUAUGGCGAUGAGACAGCUGCGGAAACUAUGGGAGGAGCUUGUGGGUACGGAAACUUGUUCAACACUGGAUACGGCACUGACACGGCGGCGCUGAGCUCAGUGCUAUUCAACAACGGCUACGGCUGCGGGCAGUGCUUUCAGCUGCGGUGCGCGAAAUCACAGUAUUGCUACAAAAAUUCUCCCAUCACCACCAUCACCGCCACCAAUCUCUGCCCUCCCAACUGGUCCCAGGAUUCUAACCACGGCGGCUGGUGCAACCCUCCUCGCACCCACUUUGACAUGGCCAAACCCGCCUUCAUGAAGAUCGCUCAGUGGAAGGCCGGCAUUGUACCUGUCCUCUUCCGCAGGGUGACAUGCGUGCGCAAGGGUGGAGUGCGCCUGAUGUUCCAGGGGAAUGGGUACUGGCUGCUGGUGUACGUGAUGAACGUGGGAGGAGGCGGGGACAUAGCCAACAUGUGGGUGAAGGGCAGCAAGACCGGGUGGAUAAGCAUGAGCCACAACUGGGGCGCAUCGUACCAGGCUUUCGCAACUCUUGGAGGCCAGUCGCUUUCAUUCAAAUUAACCUCAUACACUUCUCAUGAAACCAUCAUUGCUUACAACGUUGCACCUUCAAACUGGCGUGCUGGAAUGACUUAUAGUUCCAAUGUCAACUUCCAUUGAUCCUUCAUUCCCUUUUUUUUUGUCAUCUAAUGUAAGCCAUAUAGAUUUUACCUUUUCCUUCUCUGUGAUGAGUAGUUAGUUUUCUAUGGGAAUGGCUCUCUCACUCAUCGUGUGAAGAAGUAGUGGCCAUUUUUCAAUGUCGUUAAAAUUAUGAACAACGGCAUUUGAAGACUUAAUAAGAGAUCUAUA